UCUGCAAUCCCGUCAAGAUCGACAAUUCGAUGAUUUCUUCUUCCGGAAUGUUAACAAUAUGAAACUUAGAGGCACAUACACUCUAUGCUCCUAGCAUUUCGCUCUGGAUUUCUUCCGAGUCCAAUGCAUGGGCGAUAUACGGUGCCUCUCCAUCUGUGGAAAGCCUUCGUGCUAUUUGUCAUGUAUGGAGUCCGCCUUUUCGCUAUACCCCAUCACUUGAAAAGAACUGCAUGCUUGCGCAUCAUGAGCACGCGGUACAGACCAACGGCUGGCGGUACAGACCAACGAGACCCAUGUCGAAGAGGAGAUUGGCGGCGCGGGCCAGUUCUUUCUUCGUCGAGUCUAUCAAGCCCACUAUUCAUGACGUAUCCAAGGGGCCAAUUAAUAUGCUCUAGGAGUGGAUGUCUAGUUAUUUAGAGAUUGGACAAUCAGUGAACAGAAGAUAUGAGAGUAUUUUCGCAGACAUCUUAACUGCGGC